AUGGAAGCCACUAGUAGCAGUAGAACACAGAAGGGGGCGCCCUGGGAAGAAUUAUAUGCACCACAUCCUAUUAGGAAAUUACUAGAACCGGUGGUUGAUGAUACUUUUAGGGAUACGUUGCCGGCAUCUCCAAUGGUUUUGGAUGAAGUCCAUCAUGAAUGCAGCGACACACCGCCAGGAGAUGAAGUAUUAUCGGUGGUUUAUGCGUCGGAAUUAGAAUCCAAAACACCACCGCCGUUUCUACCACCAUUUCUAUCACUAACAACGGUUGAAGAGACGUCUGACAUGGCUAGCGAUUUUCAAUCUCGAUGCAGUUCCAGUUGA